AUGAAAAGGAAAUUAGUCAUAGCUUUGCCUCGGUAUGAUGAAGGCCACAUCGGAUGGCCGAAAAGUUUCCAACCAAACCAGAUAUAUCGUUACAAUGACAUAAGAGAUGGUAAUUUGACUGUUGAUAUCAUUCCACAUCAUCUGAUUUACAAUAGGACAGCUUUAGAACAGGUUAUGUCGAAUGAUACUGUUUAUAUCAGCAUUGUGAGGGAGCCGUUUAGCCAGUUCAAGUCGACACUGAACUACUUUCAGAAAGCUGUUUUGCAACUUGACAUGCCCGGAACCCAGAAGGAGGCAGUGACACAGUUUCUGAAUAAUGCAGAUGAGUAUGAAAAAAAUGUGACCUUCACCUUUAACGAAAGACCAGCUGGUGAGAAGUCGAUCACCAAAAACUUCAUGGCGACAGAGUUUGGGUUUCCUGUCUCGAAAUUCAAGGAUGAAAAAUUCAUAAAAGAUUUUCUCAACAAAAUAGAUAAGGAGUUUCACCUUGUUAUGCUCUACGAAGAACUUUACGAGUCUGUUGUCUUGCUCCGAAGAUUGCUGUGUUGGGAUUUCAAAGAUAUUUUAUUUACAGUUGUAAACAAACAAUAUUACAGAGUUGACAGGGUGACUGACAGUGUCAUCUAUCGGCGUCAGCAAAAGUGGAGUGCUGUCGACCACGCCCUGUAUUAUCACCUUCGAAAAAUUCUUCAGCUUCGAAAAUCUUCGCAGAUAUACAGACCGCUUAUGUUAGAGGCACAGCAUUUGAGAAGAGUCACUUAUAAACUAAAACAUUUUUGUGAUUUGGAGGAAGGGCCGUAUCUGGAAAUAAAAGCCACCACCUGGCACCUGGAUUUCAAAGUGCGACGAAGUCAGUGCGGCCUUUUGAAUAUGUACCCCCAUAGGUUGGACGAACAGUUAAAGAAGGAUCUUGACAUGAGACUCUCAAAGCUAGGAAUAGAGAAAUUUUAUAAUGAGGAUGAUGACUUUUGA